AAAAUAGGUAUAUGUUUACUAUUCAUUGCAGUUUUAUUUCAUUUUAUUUGUAAACAGUACGUACAUUUCAGCGUGGUAAAUAAUUCACUGUUUCAAAUUUGUAAUUAAUUCAAAUUGUUCCUCCAUUUUUUUAAUUGAAAUUAUUCAUCAUGAAAUUUGAAAGCAAAAGUGGUGGUCAUCAAGUUGUGAAACCAAAGACAAGACCUGGGAAGCGCUUUCUUGAAAAUCGUGAGCCGAAGUUAAUUGAAAAUGAUAAGAAAGCAAUUUUCAUUCGAGGUGUUAACGCUAACAAUGUUGCUCUUCAAGUAUUGAAAGAUCUCUCUAUGUUGAAAAAGCCUCAUACAGUGUUUUAUAACAAAAAAAACGAUCUAAAACCAUUUGAAGAUGCAACUCCUUUGGAAGGCUUUUGUAAGAAAUCUGAUGCCUCUCAUUUUAUGUUUGGGUCUCACAAUAAGAAGAGGCCGAACAACAUGGUAGCUGGAAGGAUGUUUGAUCACCAAGUGCUCGACAUGUUUGAGUUUGGUAUUGAAGAUUACAAAUCAUUGAAAGAUUUUAAAACAGCAAAGGUAGCUACAGGCAAUAAACCCAUGCUUUUGUUCACUGAAGGAUUUGAUCAGAAACCUGAAUUUAAACGAAUAAAGAAUUUCUUUAUUGAUUUCUUCAGAGGUCCCGUCAUAGAAUAUGUGAAUCUCAAAGGCUUAGAGCAUUUGUUAGUGUUUUCUGUGUUUAAUGAAAAGAUAUGCUUUAGAAGUUACAGAGUAUCUCUGAAAAAAACAGAAUCAAAAGAGCCCGGUGUUGAACUGGAAGAAAUAGGACCACACAUGAACUUGACUCUUCGACGUUCCAAAUUAGGUUCUGAUGACUUCUUUAAGCAGUCUUGUAAACAGCCAAAACAAUUGAAGCCCACAAAAGUAAAAAAUAUGAAGAAGGACACAUUUGGUUCCACUCAUGGCAGAAUUCACAUGGAGCGCCAAGAUUACUCAAACCUGCAAACUAGAAAAAUGAAGGGCUUAAAGAAGCAAAAAAUGGGAGAAAUGGUUUCUCAAGUGGAAUCUUCAGAUGGACAAACACCGAAAAGGAAAGCAGAGAAGACAGAUUCACCUGUCAAACUUAAAAAAAUUAAAACAUAAAAUUAAUAAUAAAUUUUGUAUCUGA